GACGUCGUAAAAGUGCAUCUAGGUCGGUCGGCGUAGCGGCGCGGCGUCGGGUUAGUGCGACGCGCUCCGUCGCUAGACUUGGGGCAGGUCGGAGCACCGGGUUGCAUGAUGCGCUGCGCCCGGCCGCGGCGGCUCCCGCGCUGACCGCCAGCGGCACAGCACUGGCAGGCCGGCGGCGGGCGACAUGAGAGCGGAGCGACGGCUCUGGCCUCUCGUCCCUCUGCUGACGCUCCGCAUCCUCCUCGAGUACCUCAAGUCGCUCGACAUCGCACCCAUAUGCUCUUUACCGAGUAAAAGAGUUUAAAUCUCCGAACACAUUUGUUUAUCCGGAACAGUAAACAUAAAACACUCAAUCAAUGUUUCUAUCAAGAAUACGCAAAAUCCUCGUACACAUGAUCACAAUAGACAAAAAGAAAAAGCUGAAUUAACCAACUCCACUAAAAUGAGACUGUCAACAAGCGAAGAAGUUCCCAGUACGACGGUGGGUGGUCGUGCGGGAAGUCCAGGCGAAACAAACGCAACAGCCGCCAUAGCAGUAGCUGGAGCGGGUGCCUACGAUGUGACGCGUAUGCGUGAAGAGGAGUUUGAGAGGCUCACAGUAUAUAUAGUACCCGAUGUACCGUGCGAACGAGGGACACCCAACAGAGCUGAAAAAACCCUCCCACGAAGCCUGGCUCUGAGGCCCUCCGUAGUACUAUCAACGCCUAAUACACCGACAGAAGGAGUCUGGAGCACCGGAGUAAUUCCACGCGGAACACGUUUUGGGCCAUUUGAAGGUACAAGAACACCAAACAAACCAAAUGACAAAGUUUCCUGGCGAUAUUAUUGGAGGGUACAGGAAACUGUCAGACAUCAUACUUAUGGAAAUAUUAAGAUAUUUAAGGACAGUGAUUACUAUUACCUGGAUGGAUCAGACACGAGUGUAGCCAACUGGAUGCGUUACGUAGCUUCAGCUUAUUCACUUUCUGUAAUGAAUCUCGUCGCUUGCCAGCAUCAAGAACACAUAUACUUUUACACCAUCAGAGACAUUAUGCCGAAUGAAGAACUUAUGGUCUGGUAUUGUAAGGACUUUGCUACCAGGUUAGGAUAUGACAUUGAUCCUGAAAGAGCUACUUAUUCUAUUUGCAAGGAAGAAACAAUAAAAAAAGCUUAUGGCUUGCCUCCUGCACCAGUACACCCAGAGAUAGCAUUUAAUCACAUGAAAUAUGUAUUUGGUUUAACAAACGCUAAAGAACUUUUAGAAACUGAUGUUCCAAGUCGUAGAAGAAAACGUGAAUCUAUUGAAAAGCCGAUACACGACAAUUUUAUAACACGUGAAGAUCCCCGAAUUGCGAAUAAAAAUGACAGGACAAUUAUAAGAACCGACGUAUCAGCAAAUAUUAUCCAUCAUAAAUCAGAUAAUCAAAUUGCCAACGAUCACAUACCAUUGUCACCUAAUGGUCUUAUGCAACCACCCUCACCUGUUAAAUUACAUCAUAGGGAUAAUCAAACAUUGAUUAUUCAUCAACAUAAAGAAAGUACAUCUCAUGUGGUAAUACAUCAACUUGAAAACCCUAGACUACAUGGCAAUCGAUCUCCCGCUCAAAAUCUACAUUUAAGAGACAUGCGAGGGCCUUCUCCAAUGUCACAAAAUCACCAGGAAAAGCUUGGCAGUAAAUCACCAGGUUUAACGCAUUGUACUACCCAACACUAUGAACAUCAGUUGACUCCUAAUGAUGGAUCAGUUAGAUCAGACGAAGGAUACCAUAGCAAUGGAUAUCAUGAUGAAUUUACGCCACCUGAGGAUUCCAGUGAUUCAGACAUAGAAAACUAUGUAUUAGAUUGUUCAAAUAAAACAAACGAGCCCAAGGAAACUGUUAUAGUUCAAAAAAUGGAUCAAGAUAUGCACAGAAAUGAAUACAGAAAAGUUAAAAUAAAAAUGCCCAGAGCAUACCAGUAUCAGAACCAUAAAGAUAUGGACUGUGAAAGUGAAAAGGAGUUGAUUAUUGCAGAAGAGGUGGAGAAUACUUCACCACAAAAUUUAUCACCACCCAGACGUGACCCGGCUACAUCAACUGUAAUAGUGCUAGAGUCAUCUCAAAAUACUGUUGUACCUUUAAAUAAGCCAUAUUAUGAAGAUGGUACUAUUUCGCCUACACCGCAACCAGCCUUCAUGCGUUAUUCGCCGCCAGAUACACGAAUCUUGGAAAAAAUAUUAACUGGAAAUAGGAUCGAUACCAAUAACAAUGACCCUAACCGUCGGCAACCCAAUGCGACACCUCCGCCUUCAUCUCCUACUGAAAUGGCUUAUUCUUACAAAAAGAGUCAAAGGUAUGGCAAUGCCUGCAGUCCAGAUUCUAGUUCUAAUUUAACACCCUUGCCAUCAUUGUUGCCAUUACCACAACAACUGCCUACACCAAAUGCAACAUCAGUUUAUUCCUCAUCCCCACCACAUACAAUACCACAUACAACGGAAAUUCGUGAAAUACGAGAAAUACGGGAGAUAAGGGAAACGCGAUAUGAGAGUCAUUAUCCUAAUUAUUCAUAUAGUUUAUAUUCACCACCAAACUCUACAAUUAUCACGCAAUUAGGAUCGCCAUCUAGCACAUAUUCACCAACUGUGUCUUCCACGCAUCAGUAUGAAAGAUCACAAAGUGCUCAAAGUAAUCAUCACUACCCUUCCUCAACAAGUGUUAUAACACUUAAGAAUUGCUCACAACUAAGCUUAAUUCAGAAUUCAAAUGUGAAUGGUCAACAUGUACCACAACAUGGAAGUAUGAGCCCAGAUGGUUCAUGUGGUCUAAUGGUUGCUCCAAUGAGUCCCAAUUCACAAUCUUCUCGCGGAUAUAGAAGUCUUCCAUAUCCAUUAAAGAAAAAAGAUGGAAAAAUGCACUAUGAAUGCAAUGUUUGUUGUAAAACUUUUGGCCAGCUCUCAAAUCUAAAAGUUCAUCUAAGAACUCAUUCCGGUGAACGACCAUUUAAAUGCAAUGUGUGCAAUAAAUCCUUCACACAACUAGCGCACUUACAAAAACAUCACCUUGUGCAUACAGGGGAAAAACCACACCAGUGUGACAUUUGCAAGAAAAGGUUCUCCUCCACUUCCAACUUAAAGACACAUCUAAGACUUCAUUCGGGUCAAAAGCCGUAUGCCUGUGAUCUGUGUAUGCAAAAAUUCACACAAUUUGUUCAUUUGAAACUUCACAAACGGUUACACACCAACGACAGACCCUAUGUUUGCCAAGGUUGUGACAAGAAAUAUAUAAGCGCAUCUGGUCUCCGGACACAUUGGAAAACUACUAGCUGUAAACCUAAUAACAUAGAAGAAGUUUUGGCUAUAACCAACGCUGCUAACACUGAAUGUAUUGGUACCGUCGAUAAAGACUGCCACGAUAGAGAGGGGCACGAAGCUUACGAGGUACACUCGGCGUCGCAAGGAGGGCUAGUGGGAGCCAGUGGGGCAAGAACUUUGGCGCACGGUGAGGGCCUACUGGGUGCUCAUGCGCAUUCAACCACACCGCACUUAGCGGGCCCAGGGCCACUCUCCCCGACGCACGCACCGGUCUACCGCACAAUACAUGGACCACCGCCACCGUCCGAACAUGAGACACCACCUCAACACUACUCCACUGGAGGUGAAACGCGCCCCAGCGUCAUAGAGUCUAGCCAACCACUCAUCAUUGAGUGCACCUGAGCCACAUCUGUAUGUGAAAUAGUUGGACUUUUAAUACCCCGCCGUAUCAUGUGAUUUCAGUCUUGUGAUCAAUUGAUAGUAUUUUUUUAAAACUUUGAAAGAGACUAUCGUGUGACUGACAUUUCGUGUUGUCUCUAUUAGUGGCUAUGAGAUUAUGAUAUGAACAUUAAUUUGUAAAUUUGUAAAAACUAUAAUUAUAAGUAUGUUACGAUGUCAUUAAGUACUAAGUACUUACCUUAAAUUUCAUAAUUACUAGUAAGUAUAAUAAAAAAUCUCCUUAGACUUUUAAAUAGUUAGGUUUUCGCUGCCCUUUAUGUUAAUGCUCAAUUUUGUAUGUUAUAGUAAAUUUCUAUUGUAAAUAGAUUUUUUUUCUUAUAGAUAUUAUUUAAAUUUAUAGAAACUUUUGUACAUAUAGUAAAAUGUGCAUGUAAAUAAAAACUCGUUAAUAUCCCAUAAAACGGUAUUAAUACUGACGAAUGUUACUUCUAUUUAAUUUAACCUAAUAUAAUAAUGAUUCAUUUGUUGAUGUUUAUGCCAUCUUCAACAUUUUUAUCUCACCAAAGAACAGCCUAACAACUCUUCUUACUAUUUGGCGUUUGAAAAUUUCUACGCCUGUGUAAUUGAUUGAUAUAACUAUUAGAUUUUUGUUUGUAAGUGUGUUAGUACUUUUUGAAAAAUCAAAUAAAAGAUGACUCAAUCUCUAAUUAGUGGUAAGGUGCCAAAAGUGCAUUCGUAUAAAUUUUAAGUUAUCCUAUGGGAAAAGAAUUCAUGUAGUAUUUUAAAUUAUUGUUCCUAAUUAAUAAUUGGAGAGUAAGCGCAUAUGUGCUUCAAUUUAAUUCUAAUGUUAUUAAGAAUAGAAUCGAUAAAUUGUGUACAUUAUCCCUACGCUAGAACAAAUGGUGCUUCACAUCGUAGAGUAGUAAACGCUCGCGUCAUUGCCCUCGUGGACAGACGGACGGACAAUUACUACAGGUAAUGUUAAUACACCGACUUUACUAGUUACUAUAAUAUAAUUAAAAUUUCAAAUAAUUAUGAUUCUCCUACUCGAAAAGGCUGACAUAAAAUUCGUAAUGAAACGAUUGGCUAAUAUUAUUCUAAGUAUGGGUUUGCAUCACGUGUAUAAAAGUUGACGAAAAAUAUAUAACUGGACUUAACACAUUAAAGUUACCUAUACGUGGUGUAAAACCAAACAAUAGCUUUUUCUAUAUUUCUAUUGUAUCAAUAAGAGGUUUACACGCAAUUACUUAUAAAUUUACUGUAUAUUUUAUACCUACUUUUUACCGACAGAGAUUACAUUUUUGUAUUAACUUGAAACCAUUAAAAUUUUGAUGCUCUGAAAUCAUUUCAAUAAUAUGUAUGAAUGUUAUUUGUAUCAAGAAUGUUAUAAAGGAGCGAAGGUAAUGUCCUUGUAUAAAUAUGCACAUUACAUAAAUGUAUAAGUGUACUUUAUUGAUAUAUGUGUUACAUACAAUAAUGUAUAUAAAUAUAUCUGCUGUUUUAAUUUUUAUUCAAAACAUUGAAAAAUGACGAACGAAUAUUUCAAUAAUCUGAAGCUUGAGUUCGAAAAAAGGAAAAAUAUGUAUGUGUAAUUGCCCAGCUAUAAUGUUUACUGUUUGUGAUAUAUCAUAAAGUAACAGAUUUGACAUCAUUAACCAUUAAUAUUUAAAAAAAAUAUCCUUUAAGAAAAAUGGAGCGAAAUGCACUUUAUAAUGUUUUGAAAAAUAAUAACGGUUACAGUUCAAUUCAAAUAUAAAUGUAACUAUUAACGUAAUCUUGUUAUUAACUUCUCGCCAUUCCUUGUUCAUAGUUAUAUCUAUUUUUGUUGAAGUUUUAUAGACUCGUAUUUUUGUACAUUUAUGUUUUAUCUCAGUAUGAUAAAUUGUUCGAUAAAAAAGAAUAAUGUCAUAUAUUCUGUAUAUGUUAGUGUAAUGGAAUUGAUGUCGCACAAAUUCACCACUAAUGAAAUGUAAAAUCUAUUUGUAAAGAAAAAGAAUAUAAGCAGUAUUGCAUUUAUAAAGUAAACAUUGACUUAUAAUUACUUCGCAGAAAUUUACGCCAUCGAAGACAUUUAUAAAAUAAACAUUGAAUUAAAAUUACUCCGCAGAAAUUUACGCCAUGAAAGAUGAAAGUAAAACGUAUGGAUUAAAUACUUUUUAGAUGAAAGCAACGUUUCUUAUGUUAAUGCCCUAACUAUAUUUUUUUCAACUCAAACCAAAUACGUAUGAAAUCGUAUUAAAGCUUGUAGCGUUAUUUUAUACAUGAGACGUAAAUUAUAGGACAAUGUGCCAGAGCCAAUUUCUUCCAGCCGGAUUUAAAAAUUAUUUUACUGUAAAUAAUUAUAUGUUCAGCGGAGUAUGUUUCUGCACCUAUCAGUUUAUCUAUUGUUAUUUAUAUAUGUAUCUUUACACUAUUAUUUUACUAUGCAGGUAAAAUUUUGUAUCAGUCUUGUAUAAAAUGUUCUACCUAAAACUUAAAAGAUAGCUAUUUCAUACAUAUUUUAAUAAGUACAACUUAAUUAAUGGUACAGCAAUAUAAGCAAUAUUUUAUCUCCGCAUUUUAUCAAUAACUUCUACUACGAUUAAACAUAUGUAUCAAACGUGUAUACCUUAUAAUGAGGCAUCAAUAUACUCGUAAAUGUAUUAUACGCCUGGAUUACCUUUGUAUAAACUAUAAAGAUCUGUAAUUUUGUACACCUUGAUCGAUAAUUAAUUUACGUCACCAAAUCCAAUUAAAACAGGAGAAAAAUUUUAUAUUGUAGUUUCAAUAAAACUUUACACUCU